CUACCCAGGUUCCUCAUGAAAUGCGCUAACGAAACCGUCACGAUCGAGCUCAAAAACGGCACCAUUGUGCACGGCACCAUCGCGUCCGUGUCGCCGCAGAUGAACACGGCGCUGCGCAACGUCAAGAUGACGCCCAGGGGCCAGGACCCAAUCCCGCUCGACACGCUCAACGUCCGGGGCAGCACCAUCCGUUACUUCAUCCUGCCCGACUCGCUGCCGCUCGACACGCUGCUCAUCGACGACGCGCCCAAGCCCAAGAACAAGGCGCGCAAGGAGGCUGACCGCGGCGGGAGGGGCGGACGCGGCGGGAGGGGGAGGGGGAGGGGAAUGGGAAGGGGCCGUGGGAGGGGGAGGGGUUAG